GCAAAAGCUAUCUCUCUAGUGUGAGACUGUGAGUGUGUCACUGCUGAACACAACACACACUUUGGUUCAAAGUUUCCGUUUUUUCUUUGUAGCUGACACAAUCAAGAACAGAUAAAGAUUGAGUCUUUGGGAGUUUUGGAUCCACAAAACACUUGCAAAAGGACAAUCUCACCUCACUAUAAAACCCCAGUUGCUCUAGACUCAUGAAAACAUACAGAGCUAUACAGUAGAAGUAUAGCAGGGAGAGGGAGAGGGAGAGGGAGAGGGAGAGAGGGUGAGAGAGUGAGAGAGAGAGAGAGAGAGAGAGAUGGAGAUGAAUACAAGGACUGUUUCAAGGUUUGCUAGAUGGACAUUCGAAACACAAUCAACUAGCUCUCCGAAAAAGUCUGAGCCUUUCAAGAUGGGUCUUUGGACUUGGCAUUUAUCAGUGGAGAAGGACCAGACAAUGUAUGUUAGGCUUUACCCGGAGCCUACUCGAAUUGCCAGAGAGCAGCCUCCUAUUGCUCGUUUUAUUAUCAGGGUUGAAGUUGUUAAUGUCGGGUAUCAGAAUUUGGGGCCUCAUGUUUCUCCUGUUACUGAGAAAUUGCUUCGGACAAGCGAGGACUUUAUAUGGUCAGCUGAGUUUGCUUAUCAUGGUCGCUUUAUUGCUGAAGUCGAGUUUUUGGAUCUGAAAGUCUGCCCAAAAAAUGUGAGUCUGAUAAAUGGUGAAGAAGCCACCUCAAUAUGGCCCUGUAGUUAUGGCAUAAGAUCUCAAGCAUCUGAAAGCACUCUUCGAUGCUUUUCUCGCAUGCUUAAAGAGUCUAUUUAUGCUGAUGUUACUAUCAAUACUGCUGACGGCGUGGUCAGAGCUCACAAGGCAAUUCUCUCUGCAAGUUCUCCAGUGUUCCAUAGCAUGUUUCUCCACCCCCUCAAGGAGAAAGAAUCCUCCACGAUCGACAUAGAGGAUAUGUCUGUGGACUCCUGCAUGGCUUUUCUCAGCUACUUGUACGGAACUAUUAAUGAAGAGGACUUCUGGAAGCACAGGGUUACUUUGCUUGCUGCGGCAAACAAAUAUGAUAUUGCUGCUUUAAAAAGUUCCUGCGAGGAAAGCCUAAUGCAAGACAUCAACUCAGACAAUGUGCUCGAUAGGCUACAAGGAGCAUGGCUCUACCAACUCGACAAUUUAAAGAAAGCAUGCUUGACUUUCUUGUUUGAUUUUAGAAAGAUCUACGAAGUUGAAGAGGAAAUCAACAACUACUUCAAUCAGGCAGAACGAGACCUCGUGAGUAAUAUGUUUCAUGAGGUGCUUAGGGCCUGGAAAGUAACAUAAAUACGAGGCAAAUCUCAUCUCUCCGUGCCGGUAGCUGAUAAUGUGGGUCUAUCUGUACAUAUGUAUGUUGAAUAUAAGUUAUAUGUCUGAUUGUGGCAUGUAUGUGAAGCUUUGGGUUUCUAGCAUGUCAUAUAGUGGAGUAUGUUUUAAAUGUUUCUGUGUAACUUGUUUACUUGUCAUAAUACAGGAUGUACCGACUCCCGAGUA